AUGCCCGUGCGCCUGUCUUGGAGGAGCGGUCGCGAGGAGCGGCGCUCCAGGCACUGGCAGGAUCGGAGGGCCCAGUCGCAGCCAGUGCUCGAGCUGGCCUACGCGCCGCGGUUCCGCCACUUCGAGUUCGUCCGCAGGGGUCCGGACACCGACUUCCUCCUGAACCCCGACGCCAGCCCGACAGAGGCCAGCGGCGGCCACCCCUUCCACGUGGUGUGCAUGGUCUCGUACUCCGUGUCGUCCGACCUCUCGCACUCCCAGUCGCCGAAGGCAAAAACCAUCCAGGAACAGAUCAUGGACGGCGGUGCGGACCCCAGCAUGCUGUCUUGGGAGGAGAGGCAGAAAAAGCUGGUGCGGCAGCUCAAGAUGUACAAUGCCGAUGUCAUCUGCCUCCAGGGCGUCCAGUCCGUUGGCUUUAAAGAGCGCAACAGCGAAGCGGAUCCGGAGUGGUUCACUUGCGACGACGAGCCGGCAAACAACCAUUUGGUGCACCUUUACCGGGACAUGAGCAAGGCGAACUAUGGUCUCGUCUUCGCUCCAGUCCUGCAGAUGCCGUCGAGUUCCGCCCUCUGCCUCGGCAACGCGAUCCUGUGGAAGCGCAACCGGUGGCACAUGGACGCCUUCUCGAGCAUUUUCCGGACCGCCGUGGUCGCGGUGCUGAAAUCGAAGGUUGGCGGCCCGCCGUUGGCCGCUUGCAGUUACAAGCCGCCAGACGUGUGGGCGCAGGACUUCCGAUUGGGGCGAGCGCAUCCCGGCCUCCGAGCUGCUCCUGCCCGCGGCGCGCGCGCAGGACGCCCUGGCCGCGGCGGCGGCCGAGCACGGCGCCAGGGCGCUGUGGUGCGGGGACUUCGCCCUGGAGCCCCGCGAGCUUGUGCCGCAGCUCUCGGCGGCCGCGGCGUCCGCCGGCGGCGGGGCGCCCGCCUGGCGCAGCGCGUGCCAGUCGGUGAUGGGCUCGAGCCCCUGGACCUCGACCGUGAAGCACUCCGAGGGGAAGGCCACGGACCUCAUCCUGCACGACCGGGGCCUCCACGCGCUCGCGGCGCUGGGCGGGCUGAGGCCAUGGGCAUGCUCGAGUUCCUGAGGGCGGGGAACCCCUCAGACCACCUGCUCCAGGUCGCCGCGUUCUCCAGCGCGAGCGGGGGCGACCAUGCCGCGAAGGAGGGCGGCAACGCCGUGCCGGAGGGCCGCGGCCGCGCGGCGCGGGGGCCGCCCGGCUGGGCGCCAGCCGGCGGCGGCAGCUCUGGGCCUGGCCGGCGUCAGCCUCGCCACGGGCACGGCUUCCAGUGA